ACCUAGCUAAAGUAACCAGACUGAUUGCAUAGACUUCAGACAACCAUGUGAAGGGGACUCCACUGCCAGAGAAGAGGCCACGUUUUGAUCACCAUGGUGGAUGUGAAGUGUCUGAGUGACUAUGAGCUGCACAAACAUCUUAUGAAGCUUGGAUUCACACCUGGCCCAAUACUACCUUCCACCAGAAAGACCUAUGAGAAGAAGCUAGUGCAGCUUCUGGCCUCGCCUCCCUGGAAACCGCCUGUCACGAAGAAACCCACAAGGCCGCACGGCUCUGAGGACAGCGAUGACAGUGAAGCUCCAGCCGUAAAAAUCAUUUUGAAAGGAAAUAUCAAAUUCUCAAAAAACAAAGGCAAGGAAGGCAAGAAGAGACUUGAGGCCUCUACUAAUAAAAGAAGAAUCUUAGACAUCUACCUGAGCCAGAAGCCCACAAAGAAAGUCAGAUUUGCUGCAAGACCAAGUCCAAGGAUUAAGCGGAGAUGUGUCUCUGAAGAAGACUACUCUCCAUGCAACAAGAGAUCCAAGAGCAGCUCCCCAUACCAGAACCCCAGGAACUACCUCCCAUGCCAGAACCCAGAGGACAGCUUUCUAUGGGAGAGCUCUGAGAACAACGUCCCAUGGAGCUUGAAGCUGGCCGUCCUUGGGAUUUUCUUCAUUGUGUUGUUUGUCUACAUAAUUGUGGAAAAGAAGCCACUCUUGGGUUAAACCCUUCAGGAGCAAAGCAGCGUCUGCAGUAUCCCGACCUUUAACAGGAACCAUAGAGCUGUGCAGAAGGUCCGUGGCUACAACCAGGCAACCUCUCCCCGCCCUAUACUGGCUCUCCUGGCUGCUUCUGGGUUCAGCCAGGUGGAGGAGCAAGGGCAGAACCAGGCAGCAUGGUGGUGCAUGGUGGUCUGUAAGCCAAGUAAGCCAUCAUUAAAGAUGCAAAUACAUCAGCACACUCUUCUGUAAGGGAAACUGCCUGAGCCUCCCACCCUCCGCCCUCCGGUUUCCUCCUGUCCGCUUUCUCCCCCAGCCAAAAAGGCUUCACAUUCUUACGACUGAGACUACUUGCAUACUACAGAGCAUAGAA